UAGGUGCCUUAAUCUAAGCCUGAGACCUAGAAUCUAAGUCUUUCUGGUUAUAUUAUUUCACAGAGGUCUACGCACCUUUACAAGUGUUCCGUAUAAACCUGAAAUACGUUUAGUGUCAGGGGUGACCGUUAGUGUGACGUUUUUGCCGGAUGUUUUGAUAUCGCGCCGGUGUAGUUCGUUUUGCCGGUGUAGUGACCAGUGGGUCUUCCAGCAGGAAAAAGCGCCAACUUCUGCUGCACCGUCCCGAUUGUCAAACGCCUCUGUAAAUGGGUCUACAACUGGAUAUCCCGUGAAAUAUAUUCAAUUUCAAUCCGGGAUGACUCAUUCAGUGAGAGGCGCUGUUGCAUCUCAGUAGGAAAAGAAAAAAAGAGAGAGAGAGUGAGAGAGGAAAAAAAAAAAAACACACCUUCAAGCUGCCAGAAUAUAAAGAUGCCAGGUCUGCAGGGUGAAAAUGUUGUGGCGGCGCUGGGGAGCCCCAUCAAGAAGAGUAAACUGUCUCUGAAGUUCUUCCAGAAGAAAGAAACUAAACGGGCUCUGGACUUCUCUGAACCCCAAGCAGAUGAACCCAAAACAGCGGAACCGGUGGAGCCCGAGGCAAGCAGCUGUGACCAGGUGGUCCCUGGUCCUUCUCAGUGUCCGGCCUCACCUGGUCUUCUCCUGCCAUGUGAGAAGAGAGAGAAUGUAGUGCCAUUUGUGGGGCUCAACAACCUGGGCAACACCUGCUAUUUGAACAGUAUCUUACAGGUUCUCUACCACUGUCCAGGACUCAGAGGAGGCAUAAAGAAACUGUACAACCUCUCUAAAAGAAAAGACAAACCAAAGGAAGAAACUGAUAAAAGUGAAGAGCAGUCAGAAGGUGUAGCUGAGUCCUUGCCGGCACAUAUCGAGCUCCUUGGAAGCUUCAGCAGUCUGAUAACAUCAGUGGAGCAGCUGCAGUCCAGCUUCCUGCUCAGCCCUGACAGCUUCAGUGAAGGAGAGCUCGCCACACCGCCUCGUAAAAUACUACACACCCUCAGGCAACUGAACCCCAUGUAUGAAGGCUAUCUUCAGCAUGAUGCCCAAGAGGUGCUGCAGUGCAUCCUGGGAUAUAUCCAGGAGGCCUGUGACACCAUCAGGAAAGAGCAGGAGCUGGAGACGGAGGAUGAUGAUGUGACAGAAGUCAAAAUUGAGAAUGGUGUCCAUGUGUGCUCCAGCAGCUCUGCAACAGAAUCCAAAACUCCCACAGAAGAGGGCCGCCACGUCAGCGGCAAGAGAAAGAGUGACACUGAGGUUGGAAAUGCCAAGAAGAAGCCAAAAUCUGUCAAGUCCAAGAAAUCUGAUGUGGAGGAAGACAGCAUUAGCAGAAACAAACCCCUCACUCGCUCCAAAAGGAAGUCCUCCAGUGACAUCACCGUGGACAUCAGCCAGAAUAAAGAUGCAGAAGAAGAGGAAGGGAUGAAGAAACUAAAUGAGGAUGAAGGAGGGAGCGACGAUGAGGGGAAAGGUGAGAAGACAUCUAAAGAGGCGGAUGGGAAGAGGAAGAAAAGAGCAAAGCUGAGCUGGUUGAGGCCUUCUGGGAAACAGCCGAGUAUUUUCUCCAAGUUCCGCAGCGUGGGGAAGAUCAGCUCCACGACUGUGAAGAACCAAAACAAGCCAGAGCAGGAGAACGGAAAGGGUGAUGAACAAAGUCAGGACGAGAAGAGCAGUGAUGAGAGAUCACCACAAAACAUGGCUGAGGACAAGACAGCAAUGCAACAUCAAGAGGGCCUGGACCUGAUGGAGCGCUUGUUCCAGGGCCGUCUGGUUCUGAGGACUCGUUGUCUGGAGUGUGAGAGCUUCACGGAGAGGAGAGAGGACUUCCAGGACAUCAGUGUCCCGGUGCUCGAUGACCAACCCGGCAGCCCAGAUGAUCUCUCAGAGGUCUCUCCAGACCCAAAACCGGAGCUGAAGACUCUGAAAUGGGCCAUCGCCCAGUUUGCUUCAGUGGAGCGCAUCGUCGGGGAAGACAAAUACUUCUGUGAGACCUGCCAUCAUUACACAGAGGCUGAGAGAAGUCUGCUGUUUGACAAAACUCCUGAAGUGAUCACCAUUCAUCUGAAGCGCUUCUCUGCCAACAGUUUAGAACUGGACCCGUAUGCAGGCCUCUCUAAAGUGAACACUCCCUUGCAGACUCCUUUGACCUUGUCUCUGGAGGAGUGGUGCACCCGUCCCUCGUCCACUAAAGGCCAACACUAUCAGCUGUUUGCUGUGGUCAUGCACAGUGGCGUCACCAUCAGCAGCGGCCACUACACCGCCUACAUCCGCAUGUCUGAUCUGAAAGAUGUGACGCUCUCGCUGCAGGACGGAAAAGAAACGGAAAAGGAGGAAGAGGAGGAGAAGGAAAGGCAAGAGGGAACACAGGUGAAAGAUGAAGUUCUGGAAUACGAUGACGGAGAGGUGUCUUUCAGCCUGAAUGCAAGGGGACAGAGAGGUGCAAGUUUGGCUAGCAGCAAAACGGGGGGCAAAAAGCUGUCCGAGGGAGGGGUCGGGCUCUUGGGGGGCCAGAGGAGUUUGUCCAGUUAUGAGCUUGGUAACAGCAGCAGCAAACACGCAGAUAAAGCAGCCAGCAGUGGAGCAACAGAGGGAUCUAAACGGAGAAAAACUAUCAACGAUCUGGGCCAAAAUACUGAUGCCGGACUUAAAAAGGAGCCUGAGGCAGGACAGGAGGCAUCAGUGACUUCCUGCGGUGGGGUUGGGGCCACGGAGCAGCAGGCUUUGGACAACCUGCUGGAAUACGAAGGCAAGUGGCUGCUGUUUGAUGACUCUGAGGUGCGCUUGUUUGAGGAGGAGGAUUUCCUGCGAGCCUGCUCUCCGGAGACGUGCUCCUCAUCAACACCUUACCUGCUGUUCUACAGAAGGAUGCCUGAACCUGGACACUAACGUGACCACCAGGACUGCUGUUAACUCAGGGGGUUGUGCCAGUCAGACUUUUUGGCAGCUGAGCGCUGAGAAAAAAAAGACUUGUAUUUUGCAAUACUACAGUGGGCUGCCAUAUUAGAACCUGAACUGAGGUUACUUUUCAGCGCAGAAUCCAUCUGGGGCCGAGACGGUUUACACCUUCUCACGGACUCCGGUGGUCAAAGUCUUAUUAUAGAAAUACCUAGACAAAUGGGGAUAUAAUUUUCUACGUGCCAGGGAUGACAGGGAGACUUUUUUUUUUUUUGUACAGGGUCUUUUUGCUGUCUGUACGAUUAUUUCUUUGAUACUGUCAUUGUCUAUACCAUGUCCUCCUUUUUUUGUUUUUUCAGUCAUUGAGUUUGUAUGGUUACUUUUUACAAAAUGGAAAAAGCACUUUUAAACUAAAAUUUCGGAAAAAUGUCUUUUUUCUAACUAAAAUUUUUUCUAUGCUCUAUUCAAUUGGAUUUACAGCAGACUUUGUCAGUGCAGUGUAAUCAGGCAGAUUACGCAACCUUAAAAGCCAAAUGAAACACACAAAUCCUCUCUAUUCACACACUGAAGCAAUGCAGAAAUUUUCUCAGAAAAACCUUUGCCCACCUCUCAUACCAACCUCUUAGAAAGUUUUUCCUCUGCACAGAUCACUUGUUCUCAAGUUUACACACACAACCAUAAACACAUUUUUGUAUAUUUCAAGCCCGACAUUUAUGCCAUCUAUGCUGGUGAAAACUACAGAGUUGGACUGAUUUACAAGCCACAAUACCGGCAGAUAUAAAACACACCAAAAAUGUUGAGUAUCUAAUAUAUAACAAGCUUUUACAUAGUUUGUCGGUACUGCUAAUACUCAAGUAGUUUAUGGAGGGUGCAGAGUUUCUCACUUAGCUGUCAAGGUGACAAUAAAACUUAAAUAAAAACUUCUGUUUCUUCAGUAAGCUAUCGGGUUUUGAAAGACCGCCUCGUUCAUCUUUUCAUAUCUAAUCUAGCGUGUAACAAAUCAGGUUCGAAAUCUGGGUGUUAUUUAAAGGGUUAGUUCCUUAUAUUCAGUCCAUUACUUCAGCUGUACUUGAGUUUUAUGCGGUGAGGAAAAGGGUCAGAGAUGAGAGGGUUUACAGUAGCGCUGCAACUAAGUUAUUUUCUUAAGUAAUCUGAUAGUCGUUCUGUUUAUAAAAUGCUGAAAAAUUCCCAUUGAAAUUUCCCAAAGCGACAUCUUCAAGUGUCUUGUUUUGUUUCACCAACAGUCCAAAACCCAAAGAUACUCAGUUUACUGUCAUAGAAGACUAAAGAAACCAGAGAAAUUUUAAAAGCUUUUCUUUCUAAAAUGAAUCAAAACAAUUAAUCAUCAAAAUAGUUGCCAAUUAAUUUUACCGUUGAUUGACUAAAUGGUUAAUUGACCAAUCGUCGCAGCUCUAGUUUAAACACAUACAGAGCAAAUCCCCAACCAGUGAGACUCUGAAUCCCACAGCAUAGUAGUGUUUUUGAUUUUGUUUCGUUUUUUCAAGAAAAGGAUAUUAGAAAGUACAAUACAAAACAAGUGAGCAGUGCACACAGACGGAUUUAUAAGGCCUAAACAGGUUUGAAAGAAACCAAAUCCAGAAUCUCAAGUACAACCAAUCUUUUUAAGACACGUCUGAUCGGUAUAGAUUCAAUUACUUGCUAGCAGUUUAUAUUAAUCAUGUGAACUGUAGCUGAGAGCAAACUAACGGCUGAAUUGUCUUUCUUAUUGAGACCUACUAGCCAAAAUGAUGAGGAUGUUCUCCACUAAAAAAAAAAAAGAUGGAGAAAAUUAUGAAAGAUUAAAAAAAUUAAAUUGACAUAAACUCCAUAUUUUGCUCAGUAUGAUGUGUGCUUAAGAAUCUGUCCUGUGAAUGCUCAAUUAUUGACAUUACCGUUGAUUGCAACUUGAAUUUGUUGUGCCCUAAUUCAUUGAUUUCUUAUUGAUAUUCCAUUGCUCUGCGUGUGGAAAAUGGUCAUAAGGUAUCGGGAGUUUGAAAUAUUCAGUAAAGGUGACAUUGUUCAUCUGGGGUUCAGAAAAGUGUCUACAAGUCCAAUCACUGUUUCAGGGAUUGACUCCGUUCUAAUUUAGCUGUGUUCAUGAGUAAUACAUUGUGAGCCAUAUUCAGUUAUUUCACUAUAAAUCAAGUAGUAAAUAUAAAUCAAAUAUAGAACUGGGGAAAGGUUUCCAAGGCCAAGUUUUUGGUAUAGAACAAAAUGCUUUCAGACUUGGUUUAAUGUAACAUUAAACCAGCCCUGAUAAGUGUGUCCCUUAAAAUGUACCUCAUUCCAGCUGUAAUUCUAUUAACGUUGGCAGGUUUUUACUAUAAGCAAUAAAGUUUUUACCUCGA